AUGGAGCCUGAUGCUCUCGCCCAUUCGUCGCACAUCGCUGCACCUGGCGACCUGUCACUAGACUCGCACGACUCGCAGCACGUCGCACACGUCGCACACAGCCACCCUCACACCCAUUCGCAGUCGCGCGCGACCGACCACACCCAUGCCGGCCUCGCACAGUCGUCGCUCCCAUCACUGCCGCACCGCCUGCACCCCUCGCACCCGUCACACGAGGACGCGUCGCCUCCGCUCCCCCUGAAGGCCGGUCGCCUGUCGUCGCUUGGCCACGCCGCGUGCAGCUCGAGCUGCCUCGCCGACAUGCGCGCCGCCUCUCCCCCGCGCGCCCGCGCGCACGGCUCUUCCUCCGACGACGCGCUGCUGCGGCAUUCUGCAGGGGCGGAGGAGGCGGACGGCGCGGAUGCGGGGGUGUUGCGCGAGGGCGAGGAGGGCGCGGAGGGGGUGGUGGCGGUGGGGGAUGGCGUGGUGGUGGACGUGGAGCGAGUGCGGCAGGCGCAGUACGACGCGUGGCUGGAGGAGCACCCAUCGGCGGUGGCGCAGUUCUCGGCGGUGGCGCGCGAGAUGGGCGCGCGGCAGGUGGCGCUGUUCCUGGACUACGACGGCACGCUCGCGCCCAUCGUUGACAACCCCGACCAAGCCUUCAUGCCGCCCGGGAUGAGAGAAGCGGUGCGACAGGCAGCGCUGCACUUCCCCACAGCCAUCAUCAGCGGGCGCGGCAGGGAGAAGGUGUUUGAGUUCGUUCAGCUGCCCGAGCUCUACUACGCGGGCAGCCACGGCAUGGACAUCAUGCUGCCCGCACACACGCCCUCCGCUGCCGCCCCUGCCUCUGCCUCUGCGCUCGAUGCGCCUGGUGACGGGCGGCAGGGAAAUGGCGCGCUGGGCGUGACUAUAAAGGGCGACAGGUGCACAGAUGCGCAUAACCACGAGGUGGUGGUGUUCCAGCCCGCCAGCGAGUUCGCACAGCUCAUGGAUCAGGUGUAUGAGGAGCUGGUGCGUGUGACAGCAGGCGUGGCGGGGUCGCUGGUGGAGAACAACAAGUUUGCCGUCACCGUGCACUUCAGACGCGUGGCGGAGGAGUGUUGGGAGCACCUGGCAGGGCUGGUGGAGCAGGUGGUGCAGCAGCACCCGCGCCUGCGACUCUCACACGGCAGAAAGGUGUUUGAGGUGCGCCCUGUGGUGGACUGGGACAAGGGCAAGGCCGUGCAAUACCUGCUCACCACACUUGGCCUCAACAACUCAUCUACAGUCGUGCCAGUGUACAUUGGAGAUGACCGGACAGACGAGGAUGCAUUUCAGAUGCUCCAGGCGAGGGGUUCAGGCUUAGGCGUCAUCGUAUCAGCGGCUGCGAAAUCAUCUGUAGCGUCGUAUUCUUUGCGAGACCCUUCCGAGGUACUGUUCUGGUUUUUUCUCCUACCAUCCUCUGCCAUUCUUCUACCGACUUCCACUCGCAUUUGCCUUUCAUAG